AUGAAGACAGAUUCUGGUAUAAACAGGCUCCAGAGUUGUACUAGUGGUGGCAGUUACAAAUACGAAGUCCCACAAAGAUUUCCAACCCAAUCUUUCCCAAUCUCACUCACUGCCACUCACCAACCUUCUCACCAACUCUCCUCUUUCUUCUUCGGUUGUUGGUACAGUACUACUUCUACUCCCGCUUCCUCCGCUGCCGCAGCACUUGCAUACCCUUUCGUCGUCGCCGUAGCCAAAAUGUCGCAAGAAGGUGGUGAGAUUGGAUCGAGGAAACCUGUUACCAGUCCUUUCGAUGAGGCCAUGGAGGCAUUGUCUUCUUUAAUUACCAAGCGGAGUCGAGCUGAUAAGAGUAAUAAGGGAGACCGGUUCGACAUCCUUUUUGAUUACAUUAAGAUUCUAGAACUAGAAGAACCGAUAAAGCAGAUGAAGAUUAUACAUGUGGCUGGCACUAAAGGAAAGGGCUCAACUUGCACUUUUACCGAGUCUAUAUUACGUAAUUGUGGCUUCCAUACUGGACUUUUCACUUCACCGCACCUCAUUGAUGUUCGAGAAAGAUUUAGACUGGAUGGGGCGGACAUCUCCGAAGAGAAGUUUUUGGCCUAUUUUUGGUGGUGUUGGGAUAAAUUGAAGGAAUAUGUCAGUGAGGAGCUUCCAAUGCCCACCUAUUUCCGUUUCUUAGCCUUACUUGCAUUCAAGAUUUUCGCAGCAGAGCAGGUAGAUGUGGCCAUCUUGGAGGUUGGAUUGGGUGGAAGAUUUGAUGCCACCAAUGUGAUUGAAUCACCUGUGGUUUGUGGUAUAACUUCGCUUGGAUAUGAUCACAUGGAAAUUCUUGGUAAUACUCUGGGGCAAAUUGCUGGGGAAAAGGCUGGAAUAUUUAAGCGUGGAGUGCCAGCUUUUACAGUUCCACAGCCAAAUGAAGCCAUGCGUGUACUUGAAGGCCGGGCCUCUGAGUUGGAUAUACCUCUUCAAGUUACGACAACUUUAGAUCCUACAUUGCUAAAUGGUUUAAAUCUGGGACUUGAGGGAGAGCACCAAUUUGUAAAUGCUGGUCUUGCUGUUGCAUUGUGCUCUACAUGGCUUGAGAGGACGGGCAAUGCUGUAGUGGAUUACCUAAAAGAUGCUAAACAGACCUCUUUGCCCGAACAAUUUCUCAGAGGACUAACAACUGCUUCAAUGCAAGGACGUGCCCAAAUAGUCCCCGACCAUGUAGUUGAGAGUGGAAUUUCAGGGGAUCUAGUGUACUACCUUGAUGGUGCUCACAGUCCCGAGAGCAUGGAUGUGUGCGCCAAAUGGUUUUCUACUGCCAUUAAGGAAGAUCAUGAACCAAAGGACGGAGUGCAUACAAAGUCAAUUGCCUCGCAUCAUGUUCAGAAUGGCUAUCAGAAUGGUUCUAGAAAGAAUUCAAUGCAGAUUCUAUUGUUCAAUUGUAUGUCAGUUAGGGAUCCCCAAUUGCUUCUCCCACGUCUGACAAAUGCCUGCACUAGUCAUGGAGUUCACUUUGACAAGGCACUCUUUGUCCCUAAUACCUCGGUAUAUUACAAGGUGGGAACCGGUUCUGUACUACCAACUGAUGCUAACGUUGAUCUUUCAUGGCAAUUAAAUCUACAAAAAUUAUGGGAAAACCUCAAUCAUGGUGAAAAAGAGAGAGAAGUGAAGAGCACAGAUACAAGUUUUGAAGAAGAUGUUGAUAAAAAGAGUGUUCAAUUUUCUGAGCGCAGCUCUGUGUUUCCUUCAAUUCCACACGCAAUUAGUUGGCUGAGGGAAUGCGUUAGAAAAAACAAGUCUUUGCGUCUUCAGGUCUUGGUUACCGGCUCUUUACAUCUUGUGGGCGACGUGUUGAGGCUAGUGAAAUAGUAUUUGGAGCAGGGCUGUAUAUUGAAACAGUGAAUGACUUUCAUGAUAUAAUCUACGAAUCUUCCACUUGUUUGAGCUGUUAGGUUUCAGCUUGCAAGAUGAUGUUGAAUGUUUGUUUUUGAAUCGAAAGAAGGCUCCAAAUGGUGAAGUGAAAAAUUGGCAGUUUCUUUCUACUGUUGGCUAACCAUGACGGCUCACUGUGUGCAGUUUCACAAAUAGGGGACACAACAAAGCGGUGCUUUCCGACACAUUGUAUGGAUAUUUUAUUCUUUUUCCCUAUUCUUUAUAAUAAGUAUCUCCUCUACAUUGAGAUCACGCAUGUCCAAUGGCGUUGUAACUCUUUAGUUUAAUGCUUAAUAUGUUUUAAUUUGUAAUAUUUAUCCCUUCUGGAUCAAGUAAAGCAUGGUUGAGAAGCAAGUUAAUGAUAUUUGGGUCUGGAUUCUACCUGCACUAGUCUAGUAUUGUAUAUUCCUUUUGUCCCAUAAUUAUUGUUUAUAUUUGGUUUUCAUUUUUAUUUGAAAUUGUAUUAAAAGUGAAAUCUCAAACUGAACAAUAAUUUUGGGACAGAGAGAGUAUUUCAUUUCAUA